AAUUCAUAUUGCAUGAAUUAUUGUCAUGGCUAACAUAAUGACAAAUGCGUUCAAUAAAUUUGAGCGUCUGUCAUUUUUAAAGGAUCAUGCUAGGUACUGAGUAUGCUACCAGGUAGACUGAGAGAUAUAAGUGGGGUGCUGAAAGAAUUUAGAAGAGAUUACUGUAUUAUGAGAACAUAAGUAAUGUGGAUAAGAAGAUCAAGGAAAUAGAUUUGGAUGUUAGGCUGUGGGUGUAAAGACUCUCUUACAAGCAUAUUAUAUACAAGGCAUGCUAUGGUCUUAAUUCUAUCUGUAAUGUAACUGAAGUUUAGAGAGGUAAUCUAACUUGCCCAAGGUUUCCCAGGUAGUAAGUGAUCACACAGACUGAGGGAUCUCAGAUUGGCAUUGGAACCAGUAUUGGGAUGAGCUCUCCACUUCAUAAAAAAAGAAGAGAGUACUUGACUUAAUCUUCAGAGUGUGUGUAGUUCUUUAAUCCAUUUUAUUUUAACUUUUGUCAAUUUUGUGUUUUUAAGUUAGAAGUUAGAUUCAUUCAGAUAUCCUCAAUCCACUUAGACUAUUAGUAUCAUGAGACCAUAAAGGAACUAUCUCGUGGACCACAUCAUUUAUUUCAAGAAUGUUGUUAGGAAACAUAUAGUAAUGAUAGGAAAAUCUUGGAAAUUGAGUUAUUUCUUAAAGAGAUUAUAAGUCCUUCUUAUUGGAAUCUCCUAACAUUGUGAACACUAGCAAAAAUAUGAGCUCAAACAUUAAUGUUUGAAUAAUUGCUUUGAGAUUCUCCAAUACCUUUCUGUUUUCAGUUGAGUUCUGGGUCAUGCUGUUAGCGACCUUGUUUGUAUGUGCUGUCAGUUUGUGAAUGUUAGUGUGAAGGGGCUUUCCCUUACUAGUCUUAGACUUUUUAUUUCUAGUUAUUCACAUUUGUUCUGUGUGGUUAAGUCAGUGGACGAUGCUUGAGGGAAAAACUAACUGGAUAAAAUGAUAUACCAGUACUGGUAUAUAAUAUUAUUGCUAGUAUAAGGCAUUUUGGCAGACUUACAGCAUGAUUAAAGAGUACAGUGAAAUUUGAGUCAAAAAGAUUUACUUAAAACUUUGUAUUAGAGUUAAGGUACUUGGAGAAUAAGGGUAUGCAUUUGUAUUUUGCUGUGUAAUUUUUAUAGAAUUGAGUCUAUAGGAUUGAGCAUGGACACUUUCUUAUACAGCCAAGGGUUUUAAAGUUAAUUUUAGAUGAAUCUACUAUAACUACAGAAUAUGUAUAUGUGCAACUAUUUCACCAAGAAUUUGCCUCUGGCAGAUGGUCUCUCUAUCAGUUUAAGAUUCCUGUUAUUAAAUCAGUCUCAUUUUAACUAUUGCUACAGUCCAUAUUUUAAUUCUUUGCUUAUUUGUAAGUAUUUAAAUCUCAAAACUCUGUAAAGCAAAGCUAAGCCAUAGCAAAAUUUUAAUAAUUGGUAGAAAGGUAGUCAAUCUUGAUUUUAGUCUUAUUUCAACAUUAUUUGUGAAACCUUGGACAAGUUGGGUAGUCACUCCGAGGCUGGUUAUUGUUAUUCUUAAGUGUCUGCUUUCAUCUCGCAGAUCUAAAGUCAGUGGAACUUAGGAGUACUGUUGAUCACUGUACUUUGUAAGCCAUAUAAACAUUGAAAAGCAAGGGUUAUUAUCUCUCUCAGAAAUGCCUGGUACCAGAUGUGUUUCAGAUUUAAGAAUUUUUCAGAUUUUGGCAUGUUUCUAUAGACUUCACUGAUUAAGCAUAUCUAAUCUGAAAAUGCAGAAUCUGAAAUACCCCUAAAUCCAAACCUUUUUGAGUUGCUGACAAGAUGAUUUAAAAUUUUCUGGGUUUUGGGUUGAGAAUGUACCUCAUUUUCUCAAGUGAAGAGAUCAUUUAAGAAAACAAUAUACUGGAAGAUAGUCCAUAAAGGUUUUCCUAUGAUAAUUAUUCUUCUAAUAAAUUUUAUGUUGACAACUGAUUUUAAGCUUUGAAGAUUAUGAUUUGAACAGUGAACUGGGUUUAUGCUAGUGUUCUAACUAAAGGUCUGUUUAAUUUGUUAGAAUUAUUAAGCCUCCGUUCAGAUCACGUUAGCAACUAGACUGGUGUGACAACCUGUUUUUAAUCAGUGACUCAGAGCUGUUACCACCCUGAUGUCCCCGAAUGGCCACAGCUUGUAAAAGAUCACCAGGAGAAUCCCAGUCUGAGGACAUUGAAGCUAACCGAAUGAAGCGAGCAGCUGCAAAGCAUCUAAUAGAACGCUACUACCACCAGUUAACCGAGGGCUGUGGAAAUGAGGCCUGCACGAAUGAGUUUUGUGCUUCCUGUCCAACUUUUCUUCGUAUGGAUAACAAUGCAGCAGCUAUUAAAGCCCUUGAGCUUUAUAAAAUUAAUGCAAAACUCUGUGAUCCUCAUCCCUCCAAGAAAGGAGCAAGCUCAGCUUACCUUGAGAACUCAAAAGGUACACCUAACAACUCAGAGGUAAAACCGAACAAGGACGGAAAAGGAGCUAAACCUGAUUUUAAAGAUGUGAAUUACCUAACUGAAGAGAUAGUAUAUGAAAUUCUGGAAUCGUGUAGAGAGAAUGAUGAUUACUCCCCUUUAAUUCGCGUAAUUGGAAAAAUUUUUUCUAGUGCUGAGGCAUUGGUUAUGAGCUUUCGGAAAGUCAAACAACACACUAAGGAGGAAUUGAAAUCUCUACAAGAAAAGGAUGAAGACAAGGAUGAAGAUGAAAAGGAAAAGGCUGCAUGUUCUGCUGUUGCUGCUGCUGCUGUUGCUGCUGCUGCUGCUAUGGAAGAAGACUCAGAAGCAUCUUCUUCCCGGAUGGGUGAUAGCUCACAGGGAGACAACAAUGCACAGAAAUUAGGUCCUGAUGAAGUGACUGUGGAUGUUGAUGCCAUUAGAAGGGUCUACGCCAGUUUGCUCUCUAAUGAAAAAAUAGAAACUGCCUUUCUCAAUGCAAUUGUAUAUCUGUCACCUAACGUGGAAUGUGACUUGCUGUAUCAUAGUGUGUAUGCCCGAGAUCCUAAUUAUCUCAAUUUGUUCAUUAUUGUAAUGGAGAAUAGAAACCUCCACAGUCCUGAAUAUCUGGAAAUGGCCCUGCCAUUAUUUUGCAAAGCUAUGAGUAAGCUACCCCUUGAAGCUCAAGGAAAACUGAUUAGACUUUGGUCUAAAUACAGUGCAGACCAGAUUCGGAGAAUGAUGGAAACAUUUCAGCAACUAAUUACUUACAAAGUCAUAAGUAAUGAAUUUAAUAGCCGAAAUCUAGUGAAUGAUGAUGAUUCCAUUGUUGCUGCUUCAAAGUGUUUGAAAAUGGUCUACUAUGCAAAUGUAGUAGGAGGGGAAGUGGACACAAAUCACAAUGAGGAAGAUGAGGAAGAGCCCGUGCCUGAUGCCAGUGAGUUGACACUGCAGGAGCUUUUGGGAGAGGAUAGAAGAAAUAAGAAAGGUCCUCGAGUGGACCCAAUAGAAACUGAACUUGGUGUUAAAACUCUAGAUUGUCGAAAACCACUUAUCUCCUUUGAAGAAUUCAUUAAUGAACCACUGAAUGAUGUUCUAGAAAUGGAUAAAGAUUAUACCUUUUUCAAAGUUGAAACAGAGAACAAAUUCUCUUUUAUGACAUGUCCCUUUAUAUUGAAUGCUGUCACAAAGAAUUUGGGAUUAUAUUAUGACAAUAGAAUUCGUAUGUACAGUGAACGAAGAAUCACUGUUCUCUACAGUCUAGUUCAAGGACAGCAGUUGAAUCCAUAUUUGAGACUCAAAGUCAGACGUGACCAUAUCAUAGAUGAUGCACUUGUCCGGCUAGAGAUGAUUGCUAUGGAAAAUCCUGCAGACUUGAAGAAGCAGUUAUAUGUGGAAUUUGAAGGAGAACAAGGAGUGGACGAGGGAGGUGUUUCCAAAGAAUUUUUUCAGUUGGUCGUGGAGGAAAUCUUUAAUCCAGAUAUUGGUAUGUUCACAUAUGAUGAAGCUACAAAAUUGUUUUGGUUUAAUCCAUCUUCCUUUGAAACCGAGGGCCAGUUUACGCUAAUUGGGAUAGUCCUCGGUCUGGCUAUUUAUAAUAAUUGUAUACUGGAUGUCCAUUUUCCCAUGGUUGUCUACAGGAAGCUAAUGGGAAAAAAAGGAACCUUUUGUGACUUGGGAGACUCUCACCCAGUUUUAUAUCAGAGUUUAAAGGACUUAUUGGAAUAUGAAGGGAAUGUGGAAGAUGAUAUGAUGAUCACUUUCCAGAUAUCACAGACAGAUCUUUUCGGUAACCCAAUGAUGUAUGAUCUAAAGGAAAAUGGUGAUAAAAUCCCUAUUACAAAUGAAAACAGGAAGGAAUUUGUCAAUCUUUAUGCAGACUACAUUCUGAAUAAAUCAGUAGAAAAACAGUUCAAGGCUUUUCGCAGAGGUUUCCAUAUGGUGACUAAUGAAUCUCCCUUAAAGUACUUAUUCAGGCCAGAAGAGAUUGAAUUGCUUAUAUGUGGAAGCCGGAAUCUAGAUUUCCAGGCCUUGGAAGAGAGUACAGAGUAUGACGGUGGCUAUACCAGAGAAACUGUUUUGAUUAGGGAGUUCUGGGAAGUUGUUCAUUCAUUUACAAAUGAACAGAAAAGACUCUUCUUGCAGUUUACAACGGGCACAGACAGAGCACCUGUGGGAGGACUGGGAAAAUUGAAGAUGAUUAUAGCCAAAAAUGGCCCAGAUUCAGAACGGUUACCUACAUCUCAUACUUGCUUUAAUGUCCUUUUACUUCCGGAAUAUACAAGCAAAGAAAAACUUAAAGAGAGAUUGUUGAAGGCCAUCACAUAUGCCAAAGGAUUUGGCAUGCUGUAAACAAAACAAAAACAAAAAAGAAAAAAAAAAUGAAAAACAUUACAAAACUCAGUAAAUAUAAUCAGAGGGAUAAUUUGGUGGUGAUAGUGUCCCAGUACAGAAAGGCUGUAAGAUAGUGAACCACAGUAGUCAUCGAUGUCUGUGCCUCCCUUCUUCAUUGGGGACAUUGUGGGCUGGAACAGCAGAUUUCAGCUACAUAUAUGAACAAAUCCUUUAUUAUUAUUAUAAUUAUUUUUUUGCGUGAAAGUGUUACAUAUUCUUUCACUUGUAUGUACAGAGAGGUUUUUCUGAAUAUUUAUUUUAAGGGUGAAAUCACUUUCGCUUGUGUUUAUUACUGCUUGAGGUUGAGCCUUUUUGAGUAUUUAAAAUAUAUAUACCAACGAAACUACUCUCGCAAGGGAAACAUUGCCACAUUUGUAGACCAUGUGUAAUCUUCAAGUAUGUGGGUUUUUUUGUUUGUUUGGUUGGUUUUUUUUUGGUUUUGUUUUUGUUUUUUGUCCCUGUAUCUAACUCAAAUCAGGACCUUCUUCUUUCCCCCCCCUCCUAUCAAUUUGCUUUUGAAACUUGAAGUCUUGGAAACAGUGUGGUGCAAGUACUGCUGUUCUAGCCCCCAAAGAGUUUUCUGUACAACAUGUGAGAAUCAAUAAAGAUGGAAGGGAGAACUUGGAAUGUUUGAACCACAGCCCUCAGAACUUGACUUUAGUAACAGCACAGCAAAUUAAACAAGUCAUGCCACCGUGUGUUGUCUCCAUGUGUCUGCAGUGAUGGUUCCAGUAGCCAGUCCUCUUAGUUUGUGAAAGGACAGGGUUGUUUGUUUGUUUUGUUUUUGUUGUUUUAAGUUUACUGGGGAAAGUGCAUUUGGCCAAAUGAUAGGGUAGUCAAGCCUAUUGCAACAAAAUUAGCAAGUUUGUUGUAUAAACAAGCAUGUAAAAGUGCACUUAAAAUGAAUCUUUAUUAUUACCUAGAUUUUAAAUAGACAAUCCAAAGUCUCCCCUUGUGUUGCCAUCAUCUUGUUUAAUCAGCUAUUUUCCAAGGCACUCGAUCAGUGUUGCAUCAGUGUUGCAGAAAGGAUGGCUACUGUGCCUUGUGUUCUUUAGUCACACAAUAAGCAGGCCUGCAAAUGAAUGGAACUAUUACUCCUGAGAAUUACAUUGUAUAUCCCCCAAAUUAAAUUUUACUUCAAAAGUGUUAAAUAUUUCAUGUGCUAUAGAAAAGUACAAAUAGGCUCAAAUUACUGGAUAUUUAAUGUAGUUUUCCAUUCGUAGUCUUCUGUGUCUGUGAUGUUAAUUUCUCUUGUUGCAUAAUGAAAUAAAAGAAUUAUGUAUUUUUAACUAAGGAGAGACAUACUGGUAUAUCAUUUUACUACAAGCUACAGCUAAUUUGUUGAGCUUGUGCCUUGAUUAUUUUAAAAGUUAGUACAAAAUCAACCUUAUAUUUUAAAAUUAGCAGAGGAAAAUGUAGCUUUCAAAUCAUUGAAAGUGGGGGAAAGGAUGUCUUUCAGGAUUUUUUUUCAUUGUUGUAGUAAUUGAAAUAGAAGUAUUAUUUACUGUAAUGCUAAAUAAAGCAGUGGCUUAAAAAACAAACUGUACCUUAAUGGGGAAGAAAAAAAGAACACAGUGCUUUCCAAUUGUGAUAUUUUAAUGUGGGUUCAUCCUGGGCUAGCCUUUAGAACACUGUUGUGGUAUGUAUGCUACCUUGACAAUAGGACCCCUAAUGUGACUCUAGUCAUCUUAAAGGGCCUCUCAUCCACUUUGCUUCUUAUGUAUUAUGAAAUUGCUAAGAAGACAAAUUAAGUGGGUACAUUUUAUAAAAUAAAUUUGUGAAGAAAUGUGUGUUCUUCAGUUCUCAAGUUUUAUUAUCACUCCAGUAUUGAAGUAGUUGUGAUACUAUACUUGUGUGAAAGUUUCAAGUGAUAAUAUAGAUUAUCAGACAAAUGUAACAUCAAUAUAUUUAAUAGAAAGUGGGAAAAAACCUAAAAGAGUUUUAAGAGGAUAGAAUAAACUCAUUUGCUUCUUAAUUAGUUUUUCUCAGCAUGUUACCAUGUUAUUAUGGCUACCUUUUCCUUAUUGCUUUCUUAGACUGGCAAGGAACAGUAUCUUACGAGUAAAAAAAAAAAUACCUUUUAGUGUUGUCAAAUGUCUUAAAGUUACAGCAUAAAAGCACAGCCUGCAGCAAAACUUUUCUGGAGACUUGGCAGCUGCAGCAAAUUAAUUGAGUGUCUGAUUGUAUAUAUUGUGGUCUAUAGUUAAUUGUGUGAACAAGUCCAGUUACAGUUACCUUAGCUUUAUUUGGAGAUACAUCCCUGUAUAGGAGGGUGUAUGUCAGAAGAAACCUAUAAAUGAGGCUCCGGAGAACAUGUCCAUGGUAUCAUGUGGCACAUGCUUAUGACCAGGCAGCAUCACUGUUUCUAUAAGGUGGCUAUAAAUGAGGCUCCGGAGAACAUGUCCAUGGUGUCAUGUGGCACAUGCUUAUGACCAGGCAGCAUCACUGUUUCUGUAAGGUGGCUAUGCUGAAGCUUAAGCCUGACUUCAGGGGUUUUUUCUCAAGAAUUCACAUAACUUACUGGAGAAAGUGUUUUUCUGAGGCUACUCUCUAUCUUUACCCUUCCUCCUCUUCCCAGGACCCCCAGAGUAAAAUAAUAAGAAUAGCAACUGUCACUUGUUGCUUCUCUUACCUUUUCUCCUCUUAUUCCAUGUCAGGACUAGAAAACAAUCCCUGGUAUCUGGUGGGAAGGUGUUUAGAUAGAGCCCCACCCCCUUUUUCUUAUUACAUUCAAAUCAGUAAAUUGACUUUGCUAACAGUUACAAGAAGUUUUACUUACACGUCUGUACUACAUUUCACUUUGUGAAGGCUCUUCAUCCAGUAAUAUUUCACUGAAAGUGUGCUUUGAAUGUACUUUGCAACAAUACUAGUAAUCUCCUAUUUUCCAUAUGGAGAACUCUUGUUUUUAAUCCUUGAUAUCACUGCAGCGUUGGGCUACUACUUCCUGAACAGCUCAUUUUCCAUCCCAACUCAUCUACACUGUGUGUGGAUACUCUUCUGAUUGUACCUAUAUAAGUACUUAUCUAAACUUUUUGGUCAACCUCAGUAAUUCCCCAAGAUUCUUCUCUAGUAGCUUAUCUUAUCAGACCUCUAUUUCCAAGAUGUCUUCAUGGUAUCUCAAAGUCAGUACAGUACCUAUAAAAACAAAAUUUGUAUUGUAUUUCCUAGCCAUUAUUUUUUGCUUGUUGGGGACUGAUGAAAUGGCUUAGUGGACAAAGUUUUCCACACAAAAUUUGAUGACCUGAAUAGUCUCCCCAAACCCCACAUACACAUGGAAGGAAAGAGGAACUCCAUAGCAGUAUCCUGACCUUUUCACAUGUGCUAUGACUUUUGCUGCCCCCCCCCAGUUUAUCAUACAUAUAAGAAUAAUACAUUACAUUCAUUAUGUCUCACCUUUAAUGCAGUUACUGACAUCUCUCAUCCCUAAAGUUGUUGCAAGUUGUUAGCCCUUUUCUCUCAAACCUAUUCUGUUCAGUUUUACUUUAUUUCAGGCCCUAACCCCUUGGUGCAGGUUAUCUUCCCUGACUCUUAAUUACUUCUAAUUCUUUUCAUUCUCCUAAAGCAGUUUUUCUUAUUUAAUGUAAUAACUUCCCUUUUGGAUAAGUCUUGCCUCAUACAGAGGGAUUUCUGUGUAAUUUCCUAGUGCAGACUGUUCACCAACACCCCUCUACAUCCCUACUUAGCAUUGUUACUUAGACUUUGUACAACUCACAUAUUCUUGAAGUUGAAUAUUCAAAGUAUCAUGUUCAUAAAGACUUCUGUUCCCACAGUAUGCCUGCAUACCCAUAGUACACAGCCUGGUGGAUCACAUUUACUGGAACAGUUGAGACUUUCAUGAAUGACUACUGUUCUCUUAUAGGUUAGGUUUGAUUUUUGAACUUUUCUAUUUUUCUUUUUAACAUUUUUUGUCUUGCGUGGAGUCUAAAUAAAAAGUCACAGUGGAAAUUAGCCUGUAAUGAUCUUUCUGUCUUUUAGGCGGUAGGUACAGAAGAGACAGAAGGAUCUAUAGAAAGAUCAGUAGGUGCUUAUGUUGAAACUUAAACCUGUUUUCAGAAAGAAGUGUUCUUCUGAGGCUGCUGUUUGUCAUGUUCAGUCCUUUAGUUGCUUGUUUUAAGACUAUCUUUACCCUCUCUACCCUUUCCAGGACCACCAGAGUACAAUAAUACUAAUAACAACUUUCACUUGCUGCUUCUCUUCUCUCAUACUCUUUUGGUCACCAUAGAAAACAGAUCUAUUCUGGACUCAUUGAAUCAUAUUAGCCUAUGGAAAAGGAAGUCAGAGAGUUGGAAAGCAAGAGUUUUUGUGACUCUCUACUUUCUACCUUCUGUUGUACUCUAGCAAUCAGUAACCACCUUAUUUAUGCCGUCCCACAAACUUCCCUUUAUUUCAGCACUGAUGGCAGCAAGCACCUUAAGUCAUUAUGCUAUUACUUGUCCCUCAGAUUUUCACAGAGGAAUCCUCCAGAUGCUGUUCUAUGUAAAUGGGAGUCAUAUUUAACAUUUUCUUUUACUUUGUAAGUCAAAUUCCUAUAAAUUCUGGUGAGAACUUUCAGUGACUGCUGAGUACCUGUGCACAUGCUCCUUCAUUUCACAAAAUAAGUUAGUCACUUAUUUGUAACUUGAGAGAUUAUACACCUUACCAAAAGUCCUAUAGCCAGGAAAAAGAAUGACUAAUCUAUGGUCAUCCAUAUGACCACCCAAUAAUUGUCAUCUUCCCCUUGCAAAAAAAAAAAAAAAGACAUCAAAUUAAGAUUCUUAGGUUGAUAUGCAUGGGACCUAGGGUCAUUAUCCUAAUUAUUUUUCUACAGAAAUCUGUAGAAAAUGAUGUGGAAGGUGUAUGAAAAAUAGUACAGAGGGGUUGAGAUUGUCAUUCAAAUGACUCCAGAGUUUAGUUUUGAUCCUGUCAUUCCCUUGACUUGGAUUUUACCCAAUCCUACCUUACUGUGUGGUUUUAAUGAAAAUACCGUACAGAUGCUAGAUAACAUCUUGGAAGACAUCCUGAGAGGAGUUCUCCCAACAGUUGCUUGUUAACUAAAAGAAAAACAUCAAGAGAUUGGAAUUGUCUGUAAUAAAGAUUUAUUUUGGAAGAGUUGACCUUAUCUCAUCCACCUUUAAAUGGAAGAGAUUUGCUUUCACUCAACUUUGUUUGAGAUAAAAUUCACAUAAUAUAAAUUCACCCCUUUAAAAAGUGUAAAAUUUGUGGUUAUAGUAUAUUCACAGAGUUGUGAAGUUGUCCUUAUAUAUAAUUCCAGAGCAUUUUCAUCACUGUAAAGUUUUCCGUACCCAUUAGGUGUGACCGCCUGUUCUUAACACCCAGCCCCUGGCAACUGCUCAUCUACAUAUGCCUAUGAAUUUUUCUGUUUUGGACAUUUCAUGUUAAUGGAGUCAGAUAUGUGGCCUUUUUUGUCUGUUCCCCAACCACCUCUAAAGAUAUAAGUUCAAAGUACAUUCUUGUAGCAUGUAUCGGUACUGUUUUCUUUUGUGGCCGAAUAUUGUCAUUGUGUUGAUAUAAUGUAUUUUUUUGCUUAUCAAUUUGGUUGUGGAUAUUAUAUUGUUUCUGCUUUUUGCAUAUUAUGAAUACUACAACUAUGAACACUUUGUGUACAAGUUAAGUUUUCAUUUCUCUUAUGUCCUGUAAAUAUCUUAUGAUUUUAGUUCUUAAAUUUAGUUCUUUGAUCCAUUUUUGCAUGUGAUGCAUUGUAGGGAUCCAGUUUCAUUCUUUAAUAUGUGAAUAUCAAGUAGAACAAAUAAUUGUUACAUAGACUAAUAAUUAUCUCUUUAUGAAUAGGCUUGACAUCCUUGUGACAAAACAAAUUCCCUCACACACACACACACACACACACACACACACACACACACACACACGUGAGUAUAAAAAUGGACUCCUUGACUUUAAUCUAUUUUUCUGUGUGUUCUUAAGCCAGUACCACAUUGUCUUAAUUGUAACUCUGUAGUAGGUUUUGAAUUUAGGAUGUGUACGUCCACCAAUUUUGUUCUAUUUCAAGAUCAUUUUACCUAUUCUGGGUCCCUUGCAUCUCACAUGGAUUUUAGGAUCAAUUUGUUAAUUUCUGCGUAACAAGCACCUGUGAUUUUGAUAGUUUUUGUGUUGAUUCAAUACAUCAGAUUGAAGUAUGUUGGUAUUUUAACAGUAUUAAAUUUUCUAAUCCAUAAACAUGGAGUGUCUCCAUUUAUUUAGGUCUGUAAUUUUUUUCAAUGCUAUUUUAUAGAUUUUAGUGUAUACAUCUUGAAUUUACUACAUUAAAUGUUUUUCAAAGGUAUUCUUCUUGAUGCUAUUACAAACAGUUGUUUUAUUUUGGAUUAUUUGUUGCUAGCAUCUAGAAAGGAUUGAAUUUUGUGUAUUGACCUUGUAUACUACAGCUAUUCUUAGCUGAUUCUGUUUUUAAUUUUUUUCUGUAUACAAGAUUGUGCAUUUGUCAAUAGAAAUACUUUUGCUUCCUUUCAAAUCUGUAUUCUUUUUAUUUGAUUUUCCUGCCUAAGUGCUCUGGCUAGCACGUCCAGUAUAAUAAUAAAUAGAAGUGGCAAGAGUGGACAUCUUUUUCUUGUUGCUGAUUUUAUGGGGAAAGUAUUAGGUCUUUCACCAUUAAAUAUGAUGUUAGCUGUGGGUUUUUCAUAGAUACUGCAAGUUGAGGAAAUUUCCAUCUAUUCCUACUUUAUUGAGUGUUUUUUUUAUCAAAAAUUACUGAAUUUUGUCAAAUGCUUCUAUAUCUAUUAAGGUUGUCAUGUAGUUUUGUCCUUUAUUCUCUUGAUAUGUUGUAUUACAUUGAUGGAUUUUUUUGUAUAUUGAACAAACCUUGCAUUCCUGGAAUAACCCCACUUGUCUAUGCUACAUAAACCAUUUUCUAUGCUGCUGGA